CGUUGAUAGCACCUAAUCGAGGUCUCUACCAAUGCGAUGCAACCCAGGUCGUGACACUAGGUGUACCGAUACACCUACCUUACGUUUAAGCUCCGUAUACGUUAUUCUAGGAUCCCGGCGGUAUAAAACGACUAGAUGUCUCUCGUCUCUUGCGCUUAGAUUUCUAGGGGCACCUAUCCGCUUUCUUGUAGCUGUAGUUUUAGUUAUUCUAGCGCGUCCGGCGAUAUUAGUAAUAGUUCAGGGCCUUGACGUGCCGAACGCGUCUGCUACCUCCUUCCGACUUAUACUACUUGCCCUAGCGGCUACAAUAGCGGCUCUAGCUUCUAGACUGAAUUCGUAAUUAGCGCCGCGAUUACCGCUUAUUUCCAUAGCAAAAGCUCGAAAAUCCAUUGCAAAUUGGGGUUGUAAUAGCUAGUUGAAAUCAAUAGGCUGAUAUUUUUGUUGUUUUGAUUACUAAAUUGGGGUGU